UAACCACCGCCGGAGAUCAAGAACAAUGGUCAGUUAUGAAGACAUCAGAAAUGCUCGAAUUCUCGAGAAUAAGGUCCAUUUCUAUCUCUUUAUUCUCUUCUUUAUAAUCUCUCUUAUUCGAUUUUAAUCGGAACUAAUUGUGCCUAUGGCAUGAUGAAGAACAGGCUAGAAUGUCUUCUUUAGGAUUGCAAAAGAAAAUAGAAAAUCUCCGAUCCAUUACUUCAACAUCUCCUAAAACCCAAAAGACUCCGAUCCCGAGAAAUCCUAAAUCCAUCUAUCUCACUCCUACUCGCCGAUCCCCCCGGUUGAAUCAAUCGUUUUCAAAAUCAGAACCCAUUCUCAGCCGUAGAUCUAGUAGAUUAAGAGGCAAAACAGGGGAAAGUUCAAUCGAAAGCUCACAGUUAAAGAAGAAGAAAGAAGAGAAACAAAGAGGAAAACCUAAAGAAGAAGGAGAGGUGAAACCAGUGCUUUCGCCGGAGCAGUCAGCCAGGAGAUGUGUGAGGAAAGGAAGGGGAGUUGUUUAUUCUAUGUUUGGGAUUUGCUGUCAUUUCUGUAGGCAAAAGACAUUAUGCAGUGAAGAUGAUUGCAAGAGAUGUGGUGAGCUUGAUUUUGAGCAACCAUGUAUAGGGAAGACAGAAUGUUCAUUGUGUCAUUCUAGUUAUGGGAUUCUUUGCAGAGGGUGUCUUAAGGUUAGAUAUGGAGAAGAGUUGGAAGAAGUUAAAAAAGAAGAGAAGAAAUGGAUGUGUCCACAUUGUAUUGAAGAUCAAGGGAUAAACCCAUUCUGGAUAUGUAACAGUUCAAUUUGCUUGAAGAAAAGAAAGAUGGAUCCAACAGGUUUAGCCAUAUACAAAGUUCGUGAGAUGGGAUACAAAUCGGUGGCGCAUUUCCUGAUGGAUGAACUUCAAAGGAAAAAGAAUAGGAGCUGAUCGAUCUUAGAAACUCUAGCUAGUUAUUACCAUUUUGUUAUUAUUAGAACCUUGAACCUGUUUAGUACUUUUUGCCUCAAUUUCUCUAUCUAUUUUCAAUCUAUGAUUAGCAUUUUAAAGGUUCAAGAUUGGAUUGGAAAGUAUUAACAAAUGUUCCUACGUGUAAUAGUUAGGAGAAUUUUGAGUAUUAUACUUUCCAAUAUUAUAGGAAAGAAUUCCCAAAUCACAAUUGUAACUAAGAUUUUCCACUG